AUUUUCCCGAAAAAGUCUGCAAACUGUUACAGAAAAGGAGCGGCCACUCAGAUUACCAAACUGUCUAUUGUUUUAAUGACCACCGACUGUAAACAUUAAGAAUCAGAAAUGGAUGACACUUCAAGGUUAAAGGCUCCUAGGAAACUUAAAUUGACAAAGCCAAGACCAAGAACAAAAGACUUGAAUCAGAAUAAUAUUCCAGUGAAAACAUUCAGCACUGAUGACUUCCCUGUACCUAGAUCUUCCCAUGAUACAUUACUACAGGAAGAAAACUAUGACAUCAGGGGGGAUUAUAUUGAAUGUCAAACUACAUCAUCUGAUUCAUCUGAUAUUUUGAUUACAAAAAACAUCAACAUGACAUAUGAUCAGAACAGAAACUGUUACCUUUCAAGUAGACGAAGUUCAGAAACCAGUUCCAUUUGCAGCAAUCCUGAGGAUAUGAAUUCCAACACAACUUAUGACAUAUCAAAAAUGAGGGCUCCAAGGAAGGUCAAACUGACCAAACCUAGGCCACUUAGAUCUUCAAAAUCAGAUGAAAAUGGAAAUGAGAAAGAACUGAAAAAUGAGGUUAAUCAAGAUGAAGAGAAUGACAAAGAUCUGAUGGAUAAGAUAAGUGACCUGAUGUCACAGUUAAAACAAGGCACUUUAUCUGCCAAUGAUUGUUUACAUCUCCGUGAUCUGCUGGCAGCUCAUUGUCCACAUUUAGAACUCAUUAAUAAAGAAUAUAUUGAUAGCUGUUUCCGACACAUAGAGGAGGUGUUGAAAGAGAAGAAACAGCAAGAUAAAUUGGUUCUUGUCAGUUUGACGAACCUAAUUGCAUUACGACAGAGAGCAUGGCAACCAUAUCCAAAACCACCAACAACUCGAAAAAAAUCUAUAACUUGGAGUGAAAUCAAAGAAGAAAUUCCUUACAGAGAAUGCAUGUUGUAUGAUUCUACCCACAUACCAUUAGUACAAAAUCAAAUGAGUGUGGAUUCUGGCAUAGAUGUAGAAGACCAAGUUCUAUGGGAUACAGAAGAAGCUUUUGAAGAUGAUUUAACCAAUGAAAUUUGGUCACAGUGCAAUAAAACUAAUGAUGGAGAGAAAGAAAGAUCACCAAGUCCACAGAGUGUUAUUGAAGCUGUCAAGGGACUGAAAAUAGUAGGGGAAGACGAAGAAUUUGUCAAGGCUGCUGCAGCGUUAUUACAGAAAUUUUUGAAAAAUGGGAAGACUCUUGAAGAGAAAGAAAACAAAAAAAAUAAAUCGAAGAAUAAUGUGAUGAGACAGCCAAUAGGACCAGGAACUAGCGAUAAACUGGUAAAGGAAGUGGAGAAAACAUUGCCUGAUGGGAUGCACUCUGCUAAAGGAAGGAGGGCAAUGUUCAAAGUUUACAAUAGUGCAAUGUAUGUAGCUGAUUAUGAUGACCAUGAGAAGACAAAGUUACCACAGUCAUACGAUAGAGAGGAAUUAUUGUAUUUAGCAUUAUCUCCCCUUUCAAAGAAAUGUCCAGCAGAGUUAUCCUAUCUAAGUAAAGUUUUCCCUGAUGUUUGCUUUACACAGGUUGACACUUAUUUCCACAAGGACAGUUUACCAGUUAAAGAUUACAGUUGGAGUUGUCCUAUAAGAGGUUUGUCUAAACAUGAUACCAGUUCAGUUGACAAUGGCAAGCAUGGAUUUAAUUCAAAUUUUCUUAGACGAGGUUUCAGUUGUCCAUCUGGAGAUUCCGAUACUGAUUCCAACAGUUCUAGAGAGGAAAUAGGGGACAGUCAGAAAAACACAACUGGAUAUGGAACUCCUUCUCUAAUGAGAGCAUUUAGUUGUCCUGAAGGAGAUUCAAAUAGUUUUACAAUCAAUGGACACCGAAAUGGCUUUUCAAAGAAAGAAGGAUUUGGAUCGAGGGAUAUCAGUAAUGGAUUUAAUAAAGCUAUAUCAUCUAAUGGAAACCGUGAAUCAAAGGAAAACAUUUCUAACAACAACAGAACUAGUUUUGGUUCUCCAAGUGAUAAACAGAUAAGUCAGCCAGAGAACAAUAAGUUUGGCAACCAGGAUAACAAACAUAUAGGACAAAGGAAAGGAUUUGGUUCUCCCAAUAACAACAGUGGCAUGUAUACUAGUGGACUAACCAGUUGAAUUAUGGGAAAUGUAGUUUCUAGAAAAUCCAUCUUUACAAACAUUUUGCUUUAUUGUAAUUUCAACUUUGUCUUGAAAUACAAUCAAAGGUUCUGGUGAUUUUGACCUAUGAUAAGUUUAUGAUUUAAGGAAUUCACCAUUGUCAUGAAAUGAUAUCAAAGAAUUAUGGCAUUUCUCAUUUGUCUUUUUAGUCAAAUGGUUUGGGCAUUUCAUCUUUGUUUUGAAAUUAGAGGUCAAAAGUUUUGUGCACAUGCAAUAUAAAACUACGCUCAAAGACUUCUCAUAUUUUACACAAUCAAUUGUUGCAAUGUGUUCAGUUGUCUGUUUUCAGGCUUUUGUAAUUCACAGCAGUAUAAGUUCUGUAUAAAGGGUGUAAAAUGUAGUUAUGUAGAUCUUAUACACAUACAUGUACAUGUCAGGGUAUCUGUAUUUUGGUGUGCGAAGUCUGAAGAAUUUUUUAAUUUGACAAACCUAAUAUUGCAAUUGUAAAAACUUUUCAAGUGAUUGUUUUGUUUUUUUUUAUUAUUAAACUGUGAUACAUUUCUGAUGGCAUUAACUUUGUAUUACUGAAGAUUUUUGAGGAAGAAGAAUAACCAAUUCAUAUUUAAUCAAAUAAAAAAUAUAUCACAAAUAAUAACUAUAUCAAUAUUGUAGUGAAAAUAGUUUAUAUUCAUUCUAGUCAGUUCACUUUGUUGAUGCUGUUAAUAAUUCAGAUUUAUAUUUUUUUUCAUUUAUUCAUAUUGAAAGCAAAAAGUUUUUAUUUUAAAAGGGCAUUAGAUUUUAUUUUAAACAUCAACACUGAAGAAAUGAUUUUUGUAAGAUAUGACAUCCUUGUAGGAAUAUCACAACUAUUAUAGAUAUAUGUCAGAUAUGAUAGGAAGAAUGUUCCAUAACAGAAGAAAAAAUACAUUUAUUAUAAUCUAAAAGUUGAUGUAUACUUACAUGCUGUAUAUAAAAGAUAAAGAAUCAGGUAAUCAGGUUAAAAACAAGCAAGUGAUUUAUAUAACUGUGAUACAUUAUAAUCAUCACUGGUAUAAUCAACAACUGUCAACUGUGUCUUAUUCAUUUCUCAUUAGUCUUAUGCUGUAUAUUUGUAUAUUCAUUUUUUUCAAUAACCAUUGACUAUAGAGUGUUAGAUGAUUUUUAUAGAUGCAUUCUUCAGCAUUUCAUGGUAUAUUAACUUUGGUUCUGUCAAAAUUAAAGAACAGAUUAAAAAUGAAAAAAAACCACAUGGAUAAUUAUGGGGUUCAUUCAAUACUCGAGGAAUUCAUACAAAAUUUACAUUAACACUUAUCACCAAGACUGGUAACAAGCAGUCAAAUAAUCAGUAUUUAAUAUUUUUAGCUCACCUGGCCCAAAGGGCCAAGUGAGCUUUUCUCAUCACUUGGCGUCCGUCGUCCGUCGUCGUUAGCUUUUUACAAAAAUCUUCUCCUCUGAAACCACUGGGCCAAAUUUAACCAAACUUGGCCACAAUCAUCAUUAGGGUAUCUAGUUUUAAAAAAUGUGUCCGAUGACCCCACCAACCAACCAAGAUGGCCACCAUGGCUAAAAAUAGAACAUAGGGGUAAAAUGUAGAUUUUGGCUUAUAUCUCUGAAACCAAAGCAUUUAGAGUAAAUCUGACAUAGGGUAAAACUGAUUAUCAGGUCAAGAUCUAUCUGCUCUGAAAUUUUCAGACAAAUCUGACAACCUGUUGUUGGGUUGCUGCCCCUGAAUUGGUAAAUUUAAAGAAAUUUUGCAGUUUUUGGUUAUUAACUUGAAUAUUAUUAUAGAUAGAGAUAAACUGUAAACAGCAAUAAUGUUCAGCAAAGUAAGAUCUACAAAUAAGUUGUCAUGACCAAAAUUGUCAGUCAACCCCUCUAGGAGUUAUUGUCCUUAAUAGUCAAUUUUUAACAAUUUUUUGUAAAUUUUUGUAAUCUUUUACAAAAAUCUUCUUCUCUGAAACUACUGAAACAAAUUUAACCAUACUUGGCCAUAAUCAUUAUAAGGGUAUCUAGUUUAAAAAAUUUGUCUGAUGACCCCGCCUUCCAACCAUCAUGGCCGACUUGGUUAAAAAUAGAACAUAGGGGUAAAAUGCAGUUUUUGGUUUAUAUCUCUGAAACUAAAGCAUUUAGAGCAAAUCUGACAGGUGGCAAAAAUGUUCAUCAGAUGUAGAUUUAUCUGCCCUGAAAUUUUCAGACGAAUCCGACAACCCGUUGUUGGGUUGCUGCCCCUGAGUUAGUAAUUUUACAAAAAUUUUGCAGUUUUUUGUUAUUAUCUUAGAUAUCAUUAUAAUAUCUAAUAUCUAAUACUAUUAAUUAUGAUUUUAACCUUAUUUUACAUGAUUUCCAAAGCAUCAGUAAAUACAGGUGAGCGACACAGGCUCUUGAGAGCCUCUAGUUUUUUAUUUC